AGGGAGGAGGGUGGUGUCCGGCCCUGUGUUUUGAACGUCUCGAUGCGGGUAGCUCACUAUUUAGCAGGAAAGUGAGAGGGCCUCUAUCCUGGCAGUGGAGUUCGUGUAUGGAGAGGAGGAUCCGUAUGUGGCAGAAGCUAACAGGAGGCAGCAGUGGUGACGGCAGAGUAGGACAAAUGAAACAAGGAGAGCAGCUGUCCGUAAUGGUGCCGCAGAGAAUCUGAGUGACCUAGUGAGAUGGGACUGCUGCAGUAAUAACGCUCCUAGACUGUCUUCCUGGCACUCUCAGGCGUCCAUCCCCCCAGAAGAUUGGUAUAGUUGAAAGUGCUUCUCAUAUAUUUGAGGAAGAACAGAUUGGUGAUUCGAUGGUGGAUCAAUAAGUAGCUGUUGUAUUAAGAGAAUAAGAAGAUAUUUUGGGAUUGGGAAAGAAGUGGAUUUUCACCCUAGUCUAGCAGCUUUGCUGCUCACUUAAACACAGAUGAAUGAAGACCCCAUUUGGAAAAUCACCAGGUCAGCGGUCCAGAGCUGAUGCAGGUCAUGCAGGAGUCUCUGCAAGCAUGAUGAAGAAAAGAACUUCCCACAAAAAGCAUAGAAACAAUGUUGGACCAAGCAAACCUAUUUCUCAGCCACGAAGAAACAUUGUAGGCUGCAGAAUACAACAUGGCUGGAAAGAAGGGAGCGGACCUGUAACACAAUGGAAGGGCACGGUUCUUGAUCAAGUUCCUGUAAAUCCCUCUCUCUAUCUUAUAAAGUAUGAUGGAUUUGAUUGUGUGUAUGGACUAGAACUGCACAAAGAUGAAAGAGUUUCAGCACUUGAAGUCCUUCCAGAUAGAGUUGCUUCAUCUCGAAUUAGCGAUGCCCACCUGGCAGACACAAUGAUUGGCAAAGCUGUGGAACACAUGUUUGAAACAGAGGAUGGCUCAAAGGAUGAAUGGAGGGGGAUGGUCUUGGCUCGAGCUCCUAUUAUGAACACGUGGUUUUAUAUUACUUAUGAGAAAGAUCCUGUCUUAUACAUGUACCAACUCUUAGAUGACUAUAAAGAAGGUGACCUUCGCAUUAUGCCUGAUUCCAAUGAUUCACCUCCUGCAGAACGGGAACCAGGUGAAGUUGUGGACAGCCUGGUAGGCAAACAAGUGGAAUAUGCCAAAGAAGAUGGCUCAAAAAGGACUGGCAUGGUCAUUCAUCAAGUUGAAGCCAAACCAUCUGUCUAUUUCAUCAAGUUUGAUGAUGAUUUUCAUAUUUAUGUCUACGAUUUGGUAAAGACAUCCUAGACAUCUUCGUGAACUUUUGCCAAAUGUGUGGAACUAUUAAAUGCAAAAUUUGUAGACACAAAGACUUGACUGUUUUUCAGUUAAAUGAAAGCUUAAAUGUCCCUGUGAACUCACAGUCUCUGACAGCAAAACUUUUUUGUUCUGAAUAUAAAUUUAUGUGAAUAUCACACAUUUUACAUUAGAGAGCUCCUUUUCUUGAAAGAAGUUGAUAUAUUUGGAUGGGAGGGAUUUAAAAGCAAAGAACAACUGCAAAUUGAAACUGUGUGAAGUCAAUCUAGUAUUGUAAUCUAGAUAAUUUUUUUUCAUAGAUUUUAACUUUUUCUUCAACGUUACACUCACCUGUUCAACUGCCACAUGCAAGUGUAGUUGGCUAUUUUCAAUAUGCCUUCUUUUGUAACAUUAAAUUUAAUUUCUUGGCUACUGGCAGUCCUUGUUUUGUGGGUUGGGGCAGAGGCAACUCUUCUGAAAUGUUUAAACAGUAAGGAGUGCCUAACUCAAGUAACAUCAAUCUACUGUUUUUCUACACUUUGUUUCAAAUUAAACUUCUUAAGAACUUGCAGUACAUGGAAACACUUCUGCAUUUUUUACUAGUCACGGAGCAGUAGAAUAUCAAGUAUUUGACUUCUGCAUCUUUCAGUGAAAAGGCUUUUAAGCUAUAAAAAUAUAUUUAAUCUGUAUAACCUGUUAAUUGGAAAAUGCAGGUUAAGGGCCUGUGUUUACAAGUUGUAGGAACCAGUAAAAUACAUACAACGAAGCUACCUUUAAUCCUAAAAGUUGUAUUUUGUUUUGUUAUAUGCAUUUCUUAGCAGAACCCAAAUGCUUGGUGCCACAAGUUUAGCAGUAUAUAUGGUAGAGAAGACUUUAGACUACCCAUUGGCAACCAGUAGUCUCUAAUUUAAUAUCAGAACCUAGAAACCUAGAUGUUUGUGUGUGGACUUAGAAAUCUAAUAGUAGUUAAUCUUUUAAAAGGUAAAUACAAUCUUGUGGGAGUGGGGGUCCUUUUACGCUGAAGACCUCCUUUAGCAAAGGAGAAGCAUUUGUUGCCUUCUGCUCAGUCUGCUGUAUUCCUUUGCUUUGUUUUGGGGUUUACUAUUGGUUUUAACCAUUUUGGUUCAAUAAAGCAUCUUCUCAAUGCAUUCUUUUUCUGGCUUUUCCACAUAAGGAGUGUCCAGACAAAUCUACAAUCUGUUGUUGUCUUUUGUGGUGUAUGCUGUAUACUUUAAGGUAUGCUAUUAACAUGAAUUUCAUUCUAAGAAUACUAGAGUUCUGCAUGCCAGUGGUGUACUACCUAAUGGGAGCUAUAGACAGUUUCAGUGGUUCAGUCAUCUGCAUUAGAUUGUGGAUAUAAACAGCACCCCACAACAGCAGAAUCUUUUUACAGUUUUAAUCUUGUAAGAUAGUUGUAAAUCAAGGUUAGGGUAUUUGGUGUUUUUUAAGUUUAGCAAAUUUUUAAUAGUAUCAGAAUUAUAACAAGGAUCAGUACAGCAACAAAAUUGUCAUGGUAAAUCAGAACUCUACAAGCUUCAAAGCAAUGCUUCACAGAAAUACUGUGUGAAGAAUAUGAAUACAGUCAACACUGUUCAUAGAAAGAAGGAAUACAUAGAUAAUCAACCUUAUGAUGUUAGUGGAGGGAUGCAGGAAAUAUACUGUUAAUCAGAGACCAGAGGUCUGUCCUCUAUUGUGGAUAUUCUUCAUAUCAAAGACUCAGCAGUUUCAGUCCCUUUCUGUCCAUUAUUUUUGGCCUGAUUUUCAUAUUUUAGCCUUAAGGCUCGUGCAUCAUUAUCCUGUAAUGGUAAUAUGGUAAUACUAUAUAAUAUAUAUGGUAAUACUAUAUAAAUAUGGUAUCUUAAUUCUUUGUCCCUUGCUACUGUAUUGCAUUAUGUCCUGUAUUUCAUUAUGGGCAACAAAAUUGUCUUUCCAUUCACAGCUUCUCAAUCCAGUCUUUAAGCACCGAGUCAAUACAUUUUCAUUGUGUUUUGAACAAAGUGAGCAGAUUUGCAACAUGAUGCUUUCAUCCUGCAGAUCUUUUAUGUGCUUUCUAUUGACUCUUAAGAGUCCUGCAUGUAAAUCUCAAAGCUGAGCCUGGCUCCAUGAGCCCGAGUUGAUAUUUAUGGCACAAGAACAACUGUACUGAUUGCACACAAAAUGCAUUAAUAACUUGGUAAAAUGAAUUUUGGGCUUUGCAUCUAAGGAAUACAAGGUUUGUUUUGCAAUAUUUCAGGUUUAGAUCUACAGGAACAUUUUUUUAGCAUCUGACUUGCAUUUGCGGAUUUUAUGCAAGCCACUCUAUAUACCACGUAUUUUGUUAAUUAGAAUAUAAUCUAUACACCAUCAAAUAUUAUUAUUGUUUUUAGAUGUCCCCAUUGUCUGUCGCAUGGGUUUUUUCUUUUAUUUUUUUUCUCAAGAUGUAGUGGGGGGGGUGUUUUUGUUUUCAUGUUUUGGGUUUUUUUAAAUUUUUUUUUUUCUAGUAGCUUAAACCUCCUUUUUGAGACUAAUUCCAGUCCCUGCCAUCUGCUUUGGGCUUUAUUUUAGGCUCAUGUUUCAGAUCUGCAUGCAGUGCUUGCAUUACCCUAGUAACUACAUGUUGGCUAUUUGUUCUAGGAGUUCAACAUUGUUUUCCAAAUUUAUCAUAGGUCUUGUGAUGGCAUAAGCCAUGGAUCUUUGUAUAAAAGUUACUGGCACCUCUCAUUUACUUGUUGUAAUAUUGUUAUAUAUUGUGUGUGUGAUUGUCAGGCCAUCAUGUAAAACUUUUUAAAAGGAAAAAAAAACACCAUACCUUUAAAUGCAGACCAUCCUUUUUUGCAUGCUUAGAAGAUUAGAAUGUUCAAUGUAACAAACUAAAGUUGCAUGUUAUAAUGUUUAGGUUUGGGGUUUGCUUUGUUUUUAUUUUGUGCUCAUUUUUUUGUGAAUUUGCUUAUUGUGCUGUUUGAAUGGUUGUUAGUAGGAUUAAAUGCACUGGUGAGGCAAAUGUGCCAACUGAAGGUAAUUUUCCAGUUGUAUGUAUCAUACAGCAUUUAAAGGGACCAUGUAUUCUGUUCAAGAAUAAAUAACAGGAACUGAUAAGUAAAACACUACUGUUUUUCCUUUUGACUGCCAAACCCUAAACUAAGGUGGACUACAUUGGAAUGGGCUGCCCAAGGAGGUGGUGGAGUCACUGUCCCUGGAGGUGUUCAAGAAAAGACUGGAUGCGGCACUUAGUGCCAUGGUCUAGUUGACUGGAUAGCGCUGGGUGAUAGGUUGGACUGGAUGAUCUUGGAGGUCUCUUCCAACAUGAUUGAUUCUAUGAUAUAUUUUCAGGGAAAUCCUAUUAAUUGAAUUGGAUAUUAUCCUUCAUUAAAAUAAUUAUUUUAAAAUGGAGGCUUUAUCUUCAGAUGGAAUAGAUUACAGUUGCUUCAGGGAAAAAGAAUGAUGGUAAAAGCAGUUUCUGGUUCCUUGAAAAUGCUGUGCUUUUUGUAUUUUACAUCACUAGUGCAAUUUGGAUGGUUCUUAGUAUGUGUAUAGUUCAAAGGUCUUCGUGUUCACAUUUUAGAAUUAGAUAAUGACUUCAUCUUUAGAGCUCAGUUUCAUUGUUUUUAUUUCUCUGCAUUUAGAAGUAUAACCACUUUAAAUCUGUUAAUUCUGUAAGUAAUUUUUAUAAUUAUGAUGUAACUCUAUCCUUAAAACAUUUAAAAUAAAUCAUUUAUGUGCAACUCACAA